GAUUAUUCGAGAUGUUUCAUCAUGGAAACGUGAUGUAGUAUAGCAACAAUAGCUUCGUCGUUACUAGACAACUAAAACGAUACGAAUUAUUGUGGCCUUUUAUCAUAAAGUUGACAGAAUAUAAGUAAAUAUUGAAGCAAAAUGACGAAGAAGGAAGAUCAAUUCGACGGAAUGUUAUUGGCGUUGGCGCAGCAACACGAAGGUGGUGUGAAAGACUUAUUAGAUACUUUCUUCAGUUUCCUGGCGAGAAAAACAGACUUUUAUACCGGAGGCGGCGAAGGGGCAGCUGAACAACUUGUCAUGAGUAAAUUCAAGAAACACGAAGCUAACGCUUUAGCCAAAGCUGCUUCUGAUAAAAUAGAAAAAAUUGAGCAAGAAAAACGGCGUAAGGAGAGACUCGAAAAGAAGAGGAAAGAGGAGCAAGCUGAGGAAGAAAAGAUAAAUAACGAUUCUAGAAUAACAGAGCUAACUGAGGAAGAAGCUGUUAAAUUACAAGAAGAAAUAGAUAAGCGAUCAGUAAAAGACGCUGCUGUUGCGGGACCUAGUAGUGAUCAUAAUGAACUUUCUAAAGAUGUCGAGGAUGAAAAUGUUGAUUCUAAAGAUGGCAAUGUAGAUGAUGAGGACGAAGAAGAUGAAAAAGAGAAAAAUAAGUUGAAGCCUAACAGUGGUAAUGGUGCAGACAUGCCGAAUUACAGAUGGACACAAACACUUGGAGACUUGGACAUUAGAGCGCCGCUAAAGGUAAGUUUCUCGGCCAAGCCGAGAGACAUGAUUGUGUCGAUCACGAAAAAACAUUUACGCUGCGGACUUAAGGGCCAUCCGCCAAUUCUUGAUGGGGAUUUCCCGCACGAGGUCAAAGUCGAGGAAUCUUCUUGGCUACUCGAGGAUGGGAAAGUGUUGUUGAUUAAUCUGGAAAAGGUUAAUAAGAUGCAAUGGUGGGCUCAUGUAAUAACGAGCGAGCCGGAAAUCAGUACGAAGAAAGUAAAUCCCGAACCUAGUAAGCUUUCUGACCUCGAUGGAGAGACACGAGGCCUCGUAGAAAAGAUGAUGUAUGAUCAAAGGCAGAAGGAGUUAGGACUUCCAACAUCCGAUGAGCAAAAGAAACAGGAUGUUAUUAAAAAGUUUAUGCAACAACAUCCCGAGAUGGAUUUCUCAAAAUGUAAAUUUAAUUAAUCUUAUUUGUUGAAUUUACAGAAACGCUUAAUGAUAUUCUAAUAUUACAUUGAUAUUACUAAGAUCGUAUUUUGCUUUUUAUUAUCACAAUGCAAUGUGCGAGUCUCUCUGCAUUUAUGACUCCGUAUAUUUAAAAAGAGAAACAUAUGUGCGAUAUAACUGCAGAAGAUGGCACCACUAUAUUAGACUAUAUAAUGAUGUAUACAGAAUUCUACUAUCGAUUGAAAUGUUGUUUGAUUUUUUUAAAUAUUCUUUUCGCCGUUUUUUAUAUUUUACUACGUAUCGACAGCUGUAAAGAAAACAAAUCGCACAGAGUAUAAGUUUCCAAUUUUUAUAUUAUAUUUCUUAUCUAGCGAUCUCGUUCAUUGAAUAGAAAGAGGAUGAAUUAGAAUUGUAUGAUCAUAAUAUAAGAAAUAUAAAGAUUA